CUAGAAAGUUUUCGUUGAAAAAUAUAGAACUAGUAUUUGUUGAAUGUAAAGAAUACGUUUUUACGUAAAAGUGUUCCAUCUGUUGUUAUUUUUAUAUCGAUAUAUUUAAAUACGUAAUGUCGACAAAGUCCUCUGUUGAUUUGCGAGCAGAACUCGCUGAAUUAGUGAAACGAAAAGCAGAAAUAGCUGAUACUCUCGCCAAUUUAGAACGUCAAAUCUAUGCAUUUGAAGGUAGUUAUUUGGAAGAUACACAACUAUAUGGUAAUAUAAUACGUGGUUGGGACAGAUAUUUAGCCAGUAAUAAAAACACUAAUAGCAAAGCAGAUAAACGAAAUAGGAAAUUUAAAGAAGCUGAAAGGCUAUUCUCAAAAUCUUCAAUCACCUCUAUGGCUGCUGUCAGCGGACUCGUCGAAAACACCCAGGAAAAAAUUGAGCGGUACAGUGAAUCGGAGUCGCAGAUCGGCAACAGCGGUAGCGAAGACAAUUGCAGCCUUGUAAAUUCUCACGGGACGACGGCCAAUAACACCAACGGUAAUAAGGAAUCAUCUGGGAAAAACCACUCUGUAACUGGCCAGUAUAGUCAGAAUGGAUCUCUCGCUUCAUCCACCGAGAUUGCUGGACAAUUUGCAAAUGGACACGCAAGCAAUGGCAGCCUUGAGCACGUGUCCUUGAAGGAGAAUACUGGAAAAGAUUCUUCAAAAAAUAAAUCUGGGAACAAUGCGAAAAAGAAUAGCAACAAGAGAUCCAGAAAUAGGUAGAAUAGACCCAAAAUGAUGUGAUUUUUAAAUGGUCCAUCUGAGGACUGUCAAUGGGACAUUUUUUUCUUUAUUCAAAUUGGAUUCUGUCGAUGUACCAGAUCUCUGUUUUUUAUAAUAAAUGCACCAAGAAUCACUGAGUUUCUAUGGAAGAGUAAAUGCUAUUAUUAGCAUUGUUAGCAAUAAGAAUAUACAAGAUAAAAGCUUGGGUAAUAAAGGGUGUUGGUCAUUUCGCCAUCCAGAUAGGAUUCCUAUUUCUGUUUCUAUAAAAAACAUAAUUAUA